AUGCCUUUUCAUGGCAUCCCCAGCAAAAAUUGCUCCAGUUGCCGGGGAAGACGAAUCAAAUGUGACCGGCUUGAACCGAUUUGUUCACAAUGCAAGAGAGCGGGAAAGCCAUGUGGUGGCUACCGGGAUCUGAGCUCUCUUAUGUUCCGCAGUGAGAAUGAGAGAGCGGCUCAACUCAGUGCCGAAGCGAAGGCCAAAUCAAAAGCUCGUCGCAGACUAGAGGAUGGGCUGGCUCUAGACUCGGACUCCACAUCGGAAUCAAGAGACCCUUCGCCAAAAGCCCUAGUUCGAUAUAAUCGAGUGCAAACGUCAUCAAGCCCCAUUGUCGCCAUACCCACCCCUUUAGAAGACCAGGGUCUCAGGUUCUUUAUUAAUCGCUUUGUGACGCCGAUGCCGAUACGGGUGGGGGGUUGUCUUCAGGUACAGAAUGUGCAAGACACUCUCUUUUUCAAGGAGAUUGAUUAUGAUUCGUCUAUUCGGGAUGCGGUCGUCUCGGUUGGCCUUGCUGCCAUAGCCAAUGUCAACCGUGACAGGUCAUUGCGGAUCUUAUCACGAGAGAAACAUGCACGGGUCAUCAAGGCCGUGCGAGAAGCAGUGGGAGACCCCACUCAAGCUAAUCCAGAUCGAACGUUUCCUUUAAUAGUCAUGUUGAGUCUAUAUGAGAUGGUGAGCUGUGCUCCCAACCAACUGGAUUCCUGGAUGGUGCAUCUAGAUGGUGCUGCUGCAUUACUCAAGCAAUCGACAUUUCGCAAAUUUCUCACGGCCUCGGACCACAGGGCGCAAUUGGGGUUCUAUUUUGUUUCGAUAGUCAAAUAUUUCUCUAGGAGAGAUGGCCACCCAGAUACAUUAAAUUGGUCUCGGGAUCACAUGGCUGACGCUCCAUCCGAGCUGUUACCGGCAGUCAAUCUCAUCGACAUACUGACCAGAUUCAUGAAAUAUGAUGCAUCUCUACGACACGAAAACCCCGGCCCCAGAGCCAUCAUCAGCUCGGCAUUGAUGUUCGAAGCUGAACUCCAUGACUGGGAAGCCAGUUUACCUGAAAGUUGGGACUUUGUUGUCGAAACAUCCGGCACCCAUGCUCGUACCUUUUACGGUCAGUACCAUGUGCACAAGGACGCAUGGGUCUCAAGAAUCUACAAUCACUAUCGCUGGGCACGACUACUCUUCAAUGAAAUAGUUGUAUCCACGAUAUCACGUUUGAAGCAGCCCACAUCUAAAGAUGCAAUUCGGCGACAACAGUCAUUGGAAACGAUAUCGCGCAUGGCAAUCGGAAUAUGCACCGGGGCUGCAAGUCAUGAGGCAAUAUCUCAGCGGGGGCUCACUUCCGAAAACCCAUCACCCCUGCCGCCUCUCAAUGGUGUCUUCAUGAUGCUGUUCCCAUUGGCGAUGGCAGGAGGCGCGGCAGGAGCUCCAGAUCAUGUUCAUGAUUGGGUGGUUGGGACGCUUGAGCAGAUAGGAUGUACCAUGGGGAUUCAACGGGCGUUCGAGAUGAUACCCCUGCUGAAACAAUCUCAUGCAAAAUGGAAACAAGAACAGAGGCAAUGGGAGCAAGCACAUAUGCUUUUAUAG